AUGAACAUGCCAAGAUCAGUACUCCAAUCAUACGGCGAGUUGAUCUACAGCUUCGGGGGCGUGGAUCUGCUAGGGGAAUGCAGCCGCCGUGAUGAUCCCAUCGAACGGCUCAAAUCCGUUGUAGCGUGGAACAUGUCCCAACUCCGUCCACUAGCCUUUGGCUUGGUUCCGUACAACCCCGUGCUUGGCGAGACUCACCACGUCUCCAACGGAGAUAUCACCGUCCUCAUCGAACAAGUAUCGCAUCAUCCUCCGGUGUCCGCACUUCAUGCUACUCACGCCAAGGAAAAUAUUGACGUGACGUGGGUUCAACAUGCUAGCCCUAAAUUCCGUGGUGCUUACGUGGAGAUGGUGUUAAAAGGCAAAAGGGUAAUGAAGCUUCUAAAUCGAAAAGAGACUUACAAUAUGGACCAACCGAGACUAAUUGCAAGAUUGUUCCCCGUGCCGGGACUUCACGUGGUCGGAAAAGCCAAGAUAAAGUGUCCGGAAACGGAUCUCGAAGCUGAAGCACACUUUAACUCUGAUUCCUUCAUGGAAAGUUUCAGAGGCAAGAACAAAAAAUCCAUUAAAGGAAAGAUUUCUGAAUCUUCGUCUGGGAAUAAGCUCUACGACAUCUUUGGCCAUUGGGACAGAACGAUAAUGGCGAAAAAUCUGAAGACCGGUGAGGUCGAGGUUCUUUACGAUGCCAAGGAGAAUCUCACUCGACUCAAACCUCCAGUUGUCAAGAACCUGGAGGAAGUAAUGGAGAGCGAGUCGGCGUUGGUGUGGAGUGAGGUAAGUGAAGGGAUACUGAAGAAAGACUGGCAAAAAGCUGGACGAGCUAAGAGACUUGUGGAGGAGAAACAAAGAGAGUCUGUGAAAGAGAGGGAGGCUUCUGGUGAGUCAUGGGUUCCCAAACAUUUCUCACUGGUCAAAGACGGUAAAGGAUGGCACUGCUCACCGCUACAGCCCACAGUUCCUCCUGCUCCGCUCGUUAUCAUGGGGGCACAAGAAUAA